UUUAACUUUGAAUGCUUAUAAAAUUAAAUCCUGCCUAUGUACCUAUCUUUAAUAAUUUUUUACAUCAAAUUUUUGUGACUAACAUAUUUUCUCAAAAACAUGGAAUUUCCGAGUGGACUUUCUUCGUAUUUGGGAAAUGGGGCCUUUUUCAUUGUUUUAUGGAAUAAUGCCUGGAUAAGUACAAAACCUACACGGGCAUAAUAUCAUCAUAAUUUGAUGUGUUAUAUUAUCAAUCUUAGUAUACUCUGUAUGGUAAAGUCAAUAAUUUCUAAUCGAUAGUAAACAAAGUAGCAUAGUAACGAAAUAUCAAUGUGGAAAACAAUUAGAUACAUGUAAUUAAAUUAUUUACUAAUAAAAGUAGACUGACAACACAACAGCGGACAAAUGGAGAAGAAACCAUACACGUGCGAUGUUUGUGACAAGUCAUUCAGUAAAAGUAGCAAUUUGGUUAUACAUCGACGCACACAUACUGGCGAAAAACCGUACGCGUGUGAUGUAUGUGAUAAGUCGUUCAGCCAAAGAAGCCAUUUCACAAGACAUCGACGCACACACACUGGCGAAAAACCGUACGCGUGCGAUGUAUGUGACAAGUCAUUCAGUGGAAGUGGCAAUUUUACGGACCAUCGACGCACACAUACUGGCGAAAAACCGUACGCGUGCGAUGUAUGUGACAAGUCGUUCAGCCAAAGUAGCAAUUUCACAAAACAUCGACGCAUACACAUUGGCGAAAAACCGUAAGCGUGCGAUGUAUGUGACGAGUCAUUCAGUGAAAGUGGCAAUUUGAAAGUACACAAACGGAUGCACAUGACACACUGAUUGGAAUGAUGAAAGAUCUAUGAUCCAAGGUCAAUCAUGUUAACAUAUUAUUAUGGAAGCACCGUAAAAAUGUUAGUUUUGUGGUGUAAAUAGAAAGUGGUUUUAAACACUAAAUUUUUAAUUUUUCAAAUGCAUAAAUAAAUAUUUCGUAUUGUUUUUGAGUACUUGUAUAAAAAGAGUACAAAAAAAGAAAACGUUGGGUUUUUAUUUUAUUUUAAAACAUUGAAUAUAAACAUCGGGUAUUUUGGACUUCAAAAAUAUAGGCAAGUUAAAAAUAUUUGGAGCCCAUCACACCGGCUGGUGUACCUAUUAUGAACGUGUCAAUGUUUAUGAAAUUAUCGUUUCAAAAAUGAUCAUUUGAGGCAUACCAAUUUUUAAAUUUUUCGAUUUCGGUUUCAAUUUUUCAAUACCGGUAUUAGGAAAUUUCGGUUUCGA